UUCGUUUUACUCCUUCCGCUAGUCCUUCUUAGCGCGCUUUACAACUUCUUCCCGGCGCAACCAUGGCGAAGAACGCAGUACUGGUCCUUUGUUUGGCCGCGCUGGUGCUGGCAACGAGCGCGGCGGACCCAUUCAAGGCGGCGGACAACAAGCCGGUGGACGUGGCGAAGGAGCAGAAGGACGACACCACCGGGGCCGUGUCGGAUGUUAGCCCCGCCAUUAUCAAGCAGGCCACGCAGGGUGACGCGUCGGGUGUGACGGUAGUCUCCACGGCGACCGACUCGAUGCUGUUCGCGGACGCGAAGAAGGCCGGAUGGAACGCCAUGAAGUGCCACGGGGAGCUGAAGCCGCACGCCGGUGCAUGCACCCCCGCGAACUGCAGCAAGGGCGGCAUUCCCGCCAAGUUCAAGACGGCGAAUCUGCUCAAGAACAAGAUCGGUGUGGAGGUGUACGUGAAGGGCAACCCGCUGACGGUCAAGAAGGCGUCUCCUCAAACCUGCUGCAACAUGUGCGCCGCCGCCAAGGGGUGCACGUACUGGCAGUUCAUUCCCGACAUCACGAUCGACGGCAAGAAGACCGACGGCGCGUGCUACCUGGUGAAGGACGACAUCGACUACACGUGCGGCGACCUGGUGGCGCAAUUCGCGACGGAGACGAAGCCCGUGCAUCUGCAGGUUCGCACGGGCGGCGAGUGCAACUCCCGCUCCGAGAUCGCCAACGACCCGCACUUGGUGGGCGCCUACGGCACGCACUUCGACUUCAACGGCCGUCCCGACGCCACGUUCUGCCUGCUGACGGACCGCGAGCUGCACGUGAACAUGCUGCUGCGCGGGUACUACAGCGACGACACGGAGAACGCGGCGCUGGUGGUGGACGGGAAGGCCGUGCACACGUGGAUCAAGGAGCUCGGGCUCGUGUGGCUGGCCGACGGCGUCGACCACAAGAUCCGGCUGGGCGCGCGCGACGGCAAGCAGCAGGAGCGCGGCGCGGGAUUCAUGAAGACGAUCGAGAUCGACGGCGAGGCGGUUCCGCGCAUGAAGGUGGGCGACGUGGUGACGUCGGCGGGCGGGCUGACGCUGACGUUCAAGGCGCUGGAGAAGGAGGGGCCGUACGACGUGGACUACUACACGCUGGACAUCGAGGGGCUCGUGACGCUCGACAUGCGGCUGCGCGUGGCGAACCCGAAGCUGCAGACGCCGACGGACGCCGAGGCGCACAUCAACGUGGGCAUCGUGGAGCUGUCGCACACGGACGAGAUCCACGGCGUGCUCGGGCAGACGUACCGCGACGACCACGCGCAGAGGGCUGUCGACUUUCAGAAAAUGAUCGCGUCGCUGCACCGCCCCAUCUCCGCCGACGGCGCGGAGGGCGAGGGCUUCCUGGACGGCAACGCGCGGUCGUACGAGGCCAGCUCUGUCCUCGCUGUGGACUGCUCCCACACCACCUACCGCCACGCCAAGCAGCUCAGCCCCGUUGCGGACCCAUAGAGGACUGCCAUGUGGCCGUCUGGUAGCAUACAAUCAAUCGUCAUUGGUUGACUUGCCAGUGGGCUGCUCUUUUAUUCUGGUGGGCUGACUACUAUCUGUGGGCGGAGGGUUGUUUUGUGCGCGGUCAUAUAGUCAGACUGCGUCAUGAAUGUAUGAUUAGGGGCUGCAUUUUGUAUUGGCCAAUGGAAGGCUUUCUUGUCCCAUUAUUAUGCCCUACUCGCGCGUCACCGAAUAAGAGUCUAAAGUAUUC